AUGAACUGCGUUUCGCUUUUGGGGACAUCUGAGAAGGAGAUUGUUUCGCGGCGACGCGUUUCCGCAGCAGCAGCUCUGCGCGCGGACACCCCACCAGCCUCUGCAGCACAACAGCGGCAGCAGCAGCAGCAGCAGCAGCAGCGGCUCUGUGGCCUUCUCCUGCCUCGUCUGUUUGGCUUCUCCACGAUGUCCGACGAGAAGAAAGACGGCGAAAACCCCGAAAAGGAGCACAUGCAGCUGAAGGUCCGCUCUCCGGACGGCAGCGAAGUCUACUUCAAGAUAAAGCGGCGCACGAAGCUCGAGAAACUCAUGACGGCCUACUGCAACCGCCUGGGCCAGUCCCUCGACUCCGUGCGUUUCCUCUACGACGGCGAGCGCCUCAAGCCCGACAAGACGCCCCUCGACCUGGGCAUUGAGGACGGAGACGUCAUCGACGCCAUGGUCCAGCAGACCGGGGGGGCCUCCCGGGGGCCCCGGGGGCCCCGGGGGCCCCGGGGGGCCUCGCGGGGACCUCAGGGGGCCCCCGGGGGUCCCUAG